CAUUGGCUCCCCCAAAAAUACCCAUCUUCUCCAAAUUCAGAUCGGCCUCAACGACUUUGCGACCGCCCGCUUGCAACCCAGUGUGUCUACCGCACCCGCUUCGUCACCUCUUUUCUUGCAAGUUUCGACGCGUUCGCCAGCAUCUUUAGACGGGAGAAUUGUCCUUCUUUUGACCCCUCUACUUCUCAGAAUCUUUCCUUUUGGCGUCGCUGAUUUGGUCGCCCGCGUGUGCUAACCUCUUGCGCGCUGCAAAGUCGAAAAACCCUCUAUCGUAACCAUGCGUUGGUUAACGUCCUUUGCGGGCUACUUAGCCCCGAUCUUCCUCAUCAUGUCGCCAGUCCUCUCCUACAGCGACCAGGCUUUGUCUAUGCACAGAAAGAAGUCGAGCGCCGGCUUCUCCCUCGAUAUCCCGCUGAUAAUGCUGGUGGCGUCUCUGCUGAAGAUCUUCUACUGGCCUGGCGCGCGAUUCGACACCGCCCUACUCAUUCAGGCGCUUCUGAUGAUCGUGAUGCAAGUCAUCUUGCUCAAGAUUGCUCUCGACCAUCGUCUGCCCCCGUCGUCCAAAGGAGGAGAGGCCGCGGUGCCCUUUGCAAACGUCAACGAUGGACCCGUAUUUGGGGCACAGAGGCCUUACCACUUUUGGCAGUGGAAGUCGCCCAAGCCCUACUGGCAGUUCUUGCUCUACCUAUUCAUCGGCCUGACCGUCUGCGAACUGCUCCUCGCCCCCGUGCGACCCAUAUACCAAACCUAUUCGACGCUCAUCGGCUACAUUGGUCUGUCGGUGGAGGCGACGCUGCCCUUGCCUCAGAUUUUUUCCAACGUGCGGUCCAAGUCUUGCAAGGGCUUCCGCUUCUCCGUACUGGCGAGCUGGCUGAUCGGUGACGGCAUGAAGAUGUUCUGGUUCUUCACCUCGACGACCGAGAUCCCCUGGGCCUUCAAGCUUUGUGGUAUCUUCCAGGCCUGCUGCGACUCGUUCCUCGGCGUUCAGUACCUCAUGUACGGCGAUGGCGAGAAGGGAGAGAUCAAGGAACACCCCAUGUCCCAGUACCCUCAGUACCCGAACGGCGUCUACAAGCCGCCCUUGCCAGAUCACGUCAGCGGGAGGUCCAGUCCCGCUGGCCGUAGAACCUCGAGUCCGUAUGGAAAGGAGCUGCGAUAAAUUGCUGGCGGUGCACUUUCCCACAUGUUUUACUGCGACAAUGGGUUUCCCACCGUCUUUUCUGGUUUCCAGCGACGUGCACGAUUUACAUGGCACGGUUGUAGGUUUAGGAAGAUACAGCAAAGAUUUGGGCGGUAGCUUAGACAGGGAUUAGACAGGGAGUUUCAGGGGCCAAGAGCAUGGGACCAAUUGUAAUUGCCGUGUGAAUGCAGGGGUUUUCUGCUGAGUGAGGUGAGCUCAAUCGUCUCUGGGUGAGCGCUGAAGCCGUUACUCGAUGUUAACGACU